CCUGUUUAGAUAGAGACCUGGACUUCUGUGGUAGUCAGUGUAGUCAGUGAUCCAGCUGUAGAGUUGCACACCCCUCUCUCAGUCUCUGGUCUUUCUAUCUAUCUGUCCCUCACUCUCUCACUCUCUCUCUCUCUCUCUCUCUCUCUCUCUCUCUCAUUCUCUCCUCCUCUGAAGGGGUUGCACUGAGUAGGUCGGGGGAAUAUAAAGAGCUCUGCUUUGCCUUUUGGAAACUCCAGUGGUUUUGGAGUCCAGGACUUUUCAUCACCAAACAAACAAAAACCGAAAACAGCCCCGAAGCCAGGCUCACCCUCACUGUCUGCAAGCACAAUGAGUAACUCCAUGGAUGGACUGAUUGACAUGAGUGACGACGGGUCGUUCAUGUUCACCUCCGAGUCGGUGGGCGAGGGCCAUCCAGACAAGAUCUGUGAUCAGAUCAGUGAUGCAGUCCUUGAUGCUCACCUGAAGCAGGAUCCAGAUGCCAAGGUGGCCUGUGAGACUGUGUGUAAGACUGGAAUGGUACUUCUUUGUGGUGAGAUCACAUCUCGUGCUAAUGUGGACUACCAGAAGGUCGUGAGAGAUGCCAUCAAACAGAUUGGUUACGACAACUCUGAUAAAGGGUUUGACUACAAGACCUGCAAUGUGUUGGUGGCGUUGGAGCAACAGUCUCCUGAUAUCGCACAAGGUGUCCAUAUCGACCGUCACGAAGAGGACAUUGGAGCUGGAGACCAGGGCUUGAUGUUUGGCUAUGCCACAGAUGAGACCGAGGAGUGCAUGCCCCUGACUAUUGUCCUCGCCCACAAACUCAACGCCAAGAUGGCCGAGCUCAGACGCGAUGGCACCGUCCCCUGGCUUCGCCCUGACUCUAAGACCCAGGUUACGGUACACUACAAACAGGAAAAGGGCGCCGUCAUCCCUCAGCGCGUCCACACAGUUGUGGUCUCCGUGCAGCACGACGAUAACAUCUCGCUGGAGGACCAGAAGAAGAUCCUGAAGGAGAAGGUCAUCAAGGCCGUGGUGCCCGCUAAGUACCUGGACGAGCACACCAUCUACCAUCUGCAGCCCAGUGGCCGCUUUGUGAUCGGAGGUCCUCAGGGUGAUGCCGGCGUGACUGGAAGGAAGAUCAUUGUGGACACAUAUGGUGGAUGGGGGGCUCACGGUGGUGGAGCUUUCUCUGGGAAGGACUACACAAAGGUGGACCGCUCUGCUGCGUACGCCGCUAGAUGGGUGGCCAAGUCCCUGGUCAAAGCCAAGCUGUGCAGACGAGUGCUGGUGCAGGUGUCCUACGCCAUUGGAGUGGCCCAUCCCCUGUCCAUCUCCGUCUUCACCUACGGCUCCUCACAGAAGAGUGAACAAGAGCUCCUCCACAUUGUCAACAAGAACUUCGACCUUCGGCCAGGUGUAAUUGUCCGAGACCUGAAUAUGAAGAGGCCAAUCUACCAGAAAACUGCCUGCUACGGCCAUUUUGGCAGAAGCGAGUUUGCCUGGGAGGUCCCAAAAGCCUUGAAGUUCUAGAGAGGCAUUUGUUCUGUUAACACAAAAUACAACUUGUGACACAGGAGUAAGGACAUUUUAAGGACGUGGUCUUUUUCACCCUUCUUGCUCUCUCGCUCUCUCUUGAUUUCUUUGACAUACAACACCAGUCAGAGAGGAGAGUGAGGAAACACUGUAAUUUUCUUUUCCUUAUCAAAAUCAUAAAAAAAAAAUCUUCAUUUUGUUUUAAAAAUACAGUUACGCCCAAAAUACGUCCUUUCUCUGAAGUUAGAAGUUGGUUUCAACUGAAUCAGCAAAAGCUACAACUGCAACUGUGUGCAUAAAUAAUAUCUUAAAUCAACACUGCAACUAAAACCUCAAACCAUUAGGCCACUUUUUGAUGUCGCUGAAAACUGGAUCCAUUGAAGUAAUCAACAUGGCCCAAAGUCUGAUCAGAAAAAAACUAAAUUUCCUUCCAUCCCAAUUGUUGUUCCAGGGAGUAGGCUGUUGCAAUAUUUUACAGCCUAUUGGUGCUAUAGCACUGGCAAUGGGGUUGAUGUUUUAUUUUAGAAAGGUUAAGGACUCAAGUCAUGUAUGAUAAAAAGAUAAGAUAUAGUAUAACUUAAAUGACUAUAUACUGAAAAGAUGGUUUUCUGAGUGUAUGAUAUGAGUGUAGCAGCGUGUAAAUAGACCUAAUCUGGUAAGGACAUACCAUGCUAUUUUGGGUUAAGGGAGUGUUAUCUAUCUGUCUUUCCAUACCAUUGAAGUUGAUGUGGACCUCUGCCUGUCAAAGUCAUGGUAAACGUUCAACCAUUGCUGAUCACUAACCUGACAGGCCCAUAAAACAGCAGGUCAAUACCUUAACAGUCAAUUCAGGUCAUCAGUGUCUUUUUUGAAGAUCAGAUUUGUUUUUUGUUUUGGUUUGCUGUUAACUUUUUCCAAAGGGCCUACUGCGAAAAGUUUUCCACACGCACGAAACUAGAUGCUCAGAGAGGCCGUAUCACUUUGUCUUGCUGAUUUUCAUUCAUCCUUUUUCAAAUAAUACUGAUCUGUGCCUGUAACACCUCUCAGACUGACCAAGGAGCCAUUGUGGUCAAGCUGUACCAUUCCUGUUCACAACAUAAUGUAAAUAAUUUGCUGCAGCCUGUUUCAACUCAUUUAAAUAGCUGCUCAUCGCGAUAUCUUCCUUACAUUAUGGCUUGAUGGUUGUGGCUGCAUCACUAAUUUGUCAUAUACGCCUAGGUUAUUGCAAAGCAUGAGGUUUGAAGUGGUGGUGAUUUUUUGAAUGAUUAGUGGCUUUACAUUUCAAAGCAUGGAAUGGCGCUUUUUGAACAUCUAUAUUUCUUUUACCAGCAUAACGUGUUUUUGAAUGUUUCACAAUCCAUGUAAGCCAUGUACUAGAGAGCAUAUGUGUCAGUUUGAAUCAACAUAUAAUGCCCUUGUUCAUUUUCAUGUCAUCGUAACCUUUUUUGGUUUUAUGAAGGCAAUGUUGGGCUGUUGUUUAUCCUGUCUUGAUGAAAAAACGUGCAAGAUUGCCUGUUUACAUGUAUAGACUGUGUACUGGCUACAUGGAAAUGGAAUUGAUUGGAAUGCAAUAUAUUCCAAAAAUAUAUAUUUGAUACAUAUUGAUGUCUAAAAUGUCCUGCGUAGGGAUCAUUGUUGCACUGUGGUCCACAGCCCAGCGAUCAUCUUGUGUGUGUGUGUGUGUGUGUGUGUGUGUGUGUGCGCGUGUGAGUGUGUAAGUGCCAUCAUGAACCUCUCUGACAAAAGACGACAGAGCCAUGUACAACACCUGGGAUGUGCUGGUUGACCUACUUUUGUCUUAACUUUCUGCUGUGGUGCAGUCACAGGUCUUUCGCUGACACCUUUCCUGUCUUAUCACUGUCUAAUUUGUUUGAGAAUGCACUCUCAGUCUUAACAAUUCAUUAAGUAGCUUUACUAUGUAAAUAAUUUGAAACAAUUAAAAUUUUAAGACCAACA